AUGGCCCAAAAAUCUGUUCGUGCCCUUAUUGGGCUCGUUGAAGCCGGACCAGGCGGCGUGAAGUCGGUAGACCCAAGACUCAACACAACCCGACCGAGCGAAGAGAAAUGCGUCCGACGACAACUGCGGCAAGAAAAGAAUAGAAUAGAAUACGGCGACGAAGCGAAGAAGAGCAGUGAGGAUGCAUGGGAGGAAGAAGAUGAAGCUGAACCUCAUCAUCAGCUUCACCUUCUUAUGAAAGAUAAAGAAGAAGAAGAUGAAGCUGAACCUCAUCAUCAGCUUCACCUUCUUAUGAAAGAUAAAGAAGUAGACAUAUUUGAUGGCCAGUAGUUCUGGGCAUCGCUGUGUGUUCGGUUUGUUCACGACUUCUCUCUUUCAAUUUCGAAUUCAUUUAGAUGUAAUUACUUUGCUGAUUAUGUGUUGAAUUCAACUCUAAUUUGUUAUACGACGAAGACUUUUUUGGUGAUAGAUUGAAUGUAUGUAGUAAUAAUAAGAUUCAGAAUGGAAUUUAUGAUAUGAUAUUCUGCUGGGUGGCUUUAUCUGGAUUUGUUUUGUGCUGUUGGUUUUUCGUUUAUUUUGGGUGA